AGAGGUGAGGGUGGCGAGGUAAAGAAGGUGAGAGGUAAAGCCAAGUGUCGGGAGGUUGCGGGCAGCGGGUGCCACGAGAGCUGUUAAGGGGAGGUGCCAGUGUGGUGGUGCGUGCCGGCCUCGUCUUCUGCGGUGCUGGUGCCUUGUGCCUGGUGCCCGCCCUGGCCGCCUCUCCCGCCUUCACCUGCUCCUCCGCCAGGCGUGCACGACGCCUCUACCCUAGUGAUCGCGCCCCUCAGUCCCCAGCCUGCCCUCCGUGCCUCCGCCAGGCGACGCUCAGACCGCCUCCUCCUCCUUGCCAGUGUCACUAAGUGCUCCUAGGAGGUGACCUGCCUGCCUACCUGUCUGCGACACCAUCACCUGCUGCCUCAACGCCCGCGCCCCGUAGCGCCCGCCCACAGGUGUCGGUGGCUCCUCUAAGGCUGACCAGGUAAUCUCACGAAGCAUCUUAGAGAGCUUACCCUCAACCCGAGGCUAGAAGGUCCUGACCGAGUACUGUUAUCGCUGCUCAACAAACGGGACUUGAAUUGGACUUGUAAUAUUUCGGACUUAUACGAGGUCGAGAGGGCUGUGUGAGGGAGGGAGGACAUCAAGCAAGGACGCGAGACGGCCUUCCUUCGUUCCCUUCUCCACCAAAUAUCUCCAACACCACCACCACCACCACCGUUACCAACCACCAACGUUACCACCAACCAUCACUACCACCAUCAUCCCUCACGGCUGUGCGUGUGUUUGUGUCCACAGUCAUUUAAACAAAACAAAAAAAGAACCUUAGAUUGACGGAUAGAAUAAUGGAAAUGUCUACAAGAUAAUCUCUGCUGUUGACUCAGAACGUGUUGGAGUAGUGACAAGAUUACUAAUUAUUUUUUGUAGAAUUGUCGUCGUACAUGAAGGGGAUUUUAUAACAUAAUAAAUAAGAAGUUUUACAUUGAAAUUUGUGGACACUAAAUAUAUAUGUUAGAUCUGUGAAGUGCAACACACACGAGGAAAUAACAACCUCACAUAACAGGCGAGGUACAGGUGUCGAGUGAACGAGCCCACAGGUGGAACAGUCCUUGAGAAGUGACCAGGAUGGUGAGGACUAGUCGACAGUAAACACCACAAGUUCUCUUCCUCCCCCUGCGCUAAGGCCUUCUGCCGGGUCGUCGGGUUACGCAUUUCCCAGUAAGCAUCCAGGAGGUCCGGUGUGUGUGUGGGAGCUGGGCCCUUCACCUCUGCUCUUGUGCGCUACUCCUGGCUCCUCCUGCUCCCUCCCCACUCUCACCAGUCGCCUCUUGAUCUCUGGCCGUAAUCUGGAGGGUCCUCCACCCUCUUAACCGUAGGGCCCUCAACGUCGGCCCGCUCUCAUUACUAAACAAAACCCGGGCAGGUCGAGCCAGCUCGGGUGCACCUCCAAUAAAAGGAAAAGGAGAAGAGAACAGAUUCUAAUUGCGAGCUCCAGCCAGAGCCGAACAAGAUAAGGCAUGAGCGGGCCCGAGUGGCGGGAGUCAGCCGCGGCUGAGGCCACCACAACUAGCUGCUGAGUCCUCCUUAACACACCUCAAACAUGGAUCAUCGCACGUCCAAGUAAUUCACGCCGAACAAAGUGUGAUAUCUCGAAUUUUACUCAUUAUAUAAUACUUCAAGACAGACAUCAGCCAGCACAAUGUCGCUGAAGGACACAGUGAGGAACUUCGUGGUGCCAGGGAUCAACCUGAGCCUGCAGGAGGUAUGGGACGCCCUCUACGACUGCAUGAAAGAACCGAGGGUACAGAGAAAGAUUGUCUUAGUGAUUGUGAGCAUAGCGCUGCUGCUAGAUAAUAUGCUGUAUAUGGUCAUUGUGCCCAUCAUUCCAGAUUAUCUGCGGAAAAUUGGUUCGUGGACAACCCAUAAGGAGGGAGGACACAUGGUCAGAAUUAACGAGAGCCACUUCAUAUCCAACGCGACAGGGAACUAUUCCAUCGUGUCACCCUUCAAGAGCAAACUUAUAAACCAAGUGACUGUGUACGAGGGAGAGGACACAGCCAUUGGGGUUCUCUUUGCCUCCAAGGCUCUCAUACAGCUCAUGAUCAACCCCAUCUCCGGUACAGUCAUAGACAGGAUCGGAUACGACAUUCCCAUGACGUUUGGGCUUGUCAUAAUGUUCUUCUCCACCGCCAUCUUCGCCUGUGGUCGCUCGUAUGGCGUGUUGUUCUUCGCUAGGAGUCUACAAGGUGUUGGCUCGGCCUUCGCAGACACCUCUGGGCUGGCCAUGAUUGCCGACACCUACACUGAGGAAUCGGAGCGUACAAAGGCACUCGGUAUAGCUCUGGCCUUCAUAUCCUUCGGGUGUCUGGUGGCCCCGCCGUUUGGAGGGACGUUAUAUCAGUUGGCAGGAAAGGAGGUGCCCUUCUUAAUUUUAGCGUUUGUAUCAUUAUUCGACGCCUUGAUGUUGCGGUUAGUAAUGAGACCUAUAAAAGACCAACAGAAAGAACAAGGCCACACACACGUUGCCGGAACUCCAAUCUACAAACUCUUCAUGGACCCCUACAUCUUGUGCUGCGCAGGAGCCCUCAUGAUGUCCAAUGUGUCCUUGGCUUUUCUCGAGCCCACCAUCAGCCUGUGGAUGAUGGACAACAUGCACGUGGAGGAGUGGCAGCUGGGGAUGAUUUGGCUUCCCGCCUUUUUCCCGCACGUUGCUGGCGUCGUUCUAACAGUGAAAUUGUCCAGAAAGUAUCCCAACUACCAGUGGUUGAUGGCAGCUUGUGGACUGGCUCUAGAAGGCGUAAGUUGCUUCUUCUUGCCCUUCGCGAAGAACUACUGGGUCGUCAUGAUGCCCAUCUGUACCAUAUGCUUUGGUAUAGCUCUCAUAGACACGGCGCUGCUCCCGACGCUCGGGUACCUGGUUGAUACGCGUUACGUUAGCGUAUAUGGCUCUAUCUACGCUAUUGCAGACAUCUCCUACUCCUUCGCCUACGCCUUCGGACCAAUGAUUGCCGGCAGCGUGGUCACCAGUAUCGGCUUCGUGGCCCUGAACAUAGGCAUCGCCCUCUCCAACCUCCUGUACUGCCCCAUCCUCUAUUCUCUCCGACACGUCUAUGACUACAAGCCUUUCGAGGAUGAGAGCCAAGAGAAACUCAAGAUGGGCGACCCUCCGACCGGAGAAUUCCAAACGUUCACGAUGCAGGAGGGGCAGCAGGUGCCCGGAAAUGUUAAAAACCACUUGGAGUGCGCCAAGAUCUCCAAGGGCGGCCAACAGGAGAACUACGGUACCUACGAGGCCAUGGAGAUGCAGGUAACAGACUACAACAACCAAGGGGCCAACGGCCAUGUGGCAGGUGAUAACAGGACAGUUAACCAACGCCACGUUGAUAAUAAUCCCUUCAGGCAACAGCAGCAGCAAAACAUACAACAGGGAGCAAGUUUUCACUAUGACCAGUAACUGUUCCAUUUAAUGUAUAUAGUGGUGAAUGUUAUGCAGUAAUCAAUAUGGACGUCAUUCGUUAUGAAGAAGAAAAAACUGUGUAUUAUUAUUAUUUUUUUCCUUCUCUGUUGUACAUAGGAAGUAUAGCUCCCCAUCCUGACUUGUAAGUCCCCUUCCUGCACUCUCACGCCUGAAGGUUUAGUCACGUUGGUGUGUGUUUUGUAUUAACUAUUGUGUCAUCAACGCAGUAGAAAAUAAGCAUCAAAUAACAAUGUCGCCUCCUUGUGAUGAGGAACCUAACGGCGACAUUGUCCAGGAUUUGUUGUUGUGAGGUGGUCAUAUAGUUGGUAUUAAUAUUAUUGUGCACAGGAUGAUCUUCAUCUUGUUAUAAAAGACUAUGUUGCAUGACACCAAAAGAUGCACAUAUUUUUUUUUCUUUUCUUUUUUUUUGGCCACUACAAGGUCAGUCUUUCAGGCCACACGCUGGAUAGUUUCUUUCCUGUUUCUGAUGUCAAUACUAGUUGGUGUAGUUCUAGAUGUAUAUAGUUAGGAUCUAUUAAAGAAAGUUGGGGAGGUCAGUACCCAAGGCUCUGCUAUGGUUCACCUCGCGAGUGACUCAACACACGAUACUACCACAAGGGCGAACAACCUAAACCCACUUCGGAAUUUGCCUCGAUGACCCACCAAACCCGCCAGUGGUGUUCGCUGAAGGUCAACACACCAACUGUUCUAUACACAAACGAUGGAAUCUAGAACAGCAUAUAAUAGAUCUAUUCAAUAUUCCCGUCACUUUUGAAAUAUAUUAGAAAAGGAUGAAUAAUUUUACCCAUCUAUUCGCCAGUGAAUAAAAAUAAUGUAAUAGUCUUAAAUCGGCACAGAAGCAACUUGUGUUCAUCCCUGCUGUACAUCACAGUGUAGCAAACAAGGUUAUAUACGGCACGUUAGUAUACAACAGCUGUUAAAGAAGCUUUGUAUAAAACUCACGCGAAACAGUUCCUGAUUUUCACACAGCGAUGGUAAUUAAAAACCCAUCUUUAUUAUGACUUUUUUUUAACUUCAACAUUCGGGAAACUGUGGCGAGAUGUCUCCUGUAGUGUGUGUGUGGAGGAACCGUGGCGGGUGUUGGUGUACGAGGCUGUCCCCAACGUUAGCCCAUCACGAGCCGUCUGCACGCAGUUCUUAUCGUAGCCAAUCUCACGAAUCACUCUAGAAUAGCGAUCGUUUACUUCGUUUCACCAUUCUAAAACCUAACUUAAGGCUUUUAGUAAGAGAGCAGCUAUGUUUACUGAGGGGGCGUCAUAAGCUAAGAUUGGUUCUAUGAUUAAAUGAAAUUAUUCUUUUUUAAUACCUGAAUUAGGAUGAUCUGUGAUUGGAAAUAUUUUGAACGCCUGGAAGUUUUAUGUUCCAGUGGGAGAGAAAUUGUUUACUACUUGUGAAAGAGUGUAACCGUUACUUCGCUGCUCGGCCUUAGGUUUGGUGUUAGAAUUGUGGCUUAUCAGUUGUUGGGAACCUUGUGAUAUAAUUCCCCCUUGUGGUUGACGCGGGGCCUUUAAGGAGUCAAUCGGGUCAAUCGGGUCAAUCAGGUCAUUAAAAAGAGUCCAUUAUGUUAAGAGUAAUGCUUAAAUAUAAAUAAUACCAAACGUCCACGCCAGUCACCAGGACAGAGCCAGUCACCAGGACAGAGCCAGUCACCAGGACAGAGCCAGUCACCAGGACAGAGCCAGUCACCAGGACAGAGCCAGUCACCAGGACAGAGCCAGUCACCAGGACAGAGCCAGUCACAUAUUGUUACGUUUAUUACUGGACGAUGCAAGUGGCUGCCUGGGUAAUCAAAGCACUAUGUCCGAGUCUCACUAUAAUUUAAGAAAACAACAAAUUCAAAGGUAAUAAUAUAAGUCUUGUUAAAAUAUAUCACACUUACAGUAUUAUUAAAGAUGCCGCCAUCACUUGACAUACACUUAUACACACACCUUAACACAUCCUUAACAC